CUCCUGAUUAUUUCUAAGUGUUCAUUUUGAAUUGAUGCUAAUGUGUUAAUAAAUUUUAAUGCGUUGUCUACGAAUAUGGUCGAUAAUCAUACCAAUAGUUAUGAUUAUUGUGAGACAUAACUCAGGCCUUAGUUCCGAGAAUGUUUUGUUGGAUGGUGGUUAUAUUGGAUGUCUGUACCAAGAAGUGUGCCUGACUGGGGAGAUAUGUCAUAAUGAUUCGCUUUUCGGAAGGUGUGUUCCUGAAAAUGUUCAGCACGAGUUAUUUGAUGUUACCUAUUCACAAGUGCACAAAAUAAAAUCGCUUCCUUUGUUUAUUCAACCACAAAACUACAACUGGGCUGACACAACCCUUCAAUGUUUAUUAAGAACAAUGAUUCUAGAGUAUGAAUCUCAUUCAAUCUUUGUUGACCCCAAAUCGUUUUGUUUAUACCAGUAUGAUAUAGAGGAUGGUGAUAAUAUUGAUGGUCAAUUCCGUAGCCAGUAUGUAAAACGUGAUGUAAGGAAAAAUCGUGGAUAUCCAAAUUUUAUGCUUAGCAAUCCACUGAAAACUAUAGAACCUUAUUAUUUUCCUGAAAAUUCAUAUGAACUUAUGGAUAAUGACAAUAAAUAUAAUCGGUGGAUUGAUAAUCUUAUUAAUAAAGGAAUAAAUGCAGAAAUGAAGAACAAUGAAGAAUUAGAUCAUUUCAGUAAAAAAUUUCAGAAAAUGCUACGUUUAUCUGGAAAUCAUGAAAGAAAUGAGAACAUAGAAUCUAACAGAGAACAAGAAUUAGCAAAUAAAGUGAUGGAUGAUUCAAAUAAAGACGAUGGUGAUAUGGCUGCCAAAUUAUAUCAAGAUGAUUAUCUACUCUCAGGCAAAUAUAUGCAAGAACCAUUACUUGGCGAAACGUUACCAUCUGAAUUCCAAACACAACAACAGGAAGAAACGAUCAUACCACCAAAAUCAGUCACUAGAUUACGUGCACAAAAAGUGGGGUCUGGAUCAUAUAAACCAUUGGAACGUAGAUGGAUUUGGAUUAAAUUUUUAAGUGGACCAAUAACCAAUCAUGAAGCACAACUCAUUGUACUUAAAAUAUCACAUGAUUUAAAGCUGACAUCACCAAUUUCAUUUUUUUUCCUUGAUAAAUCGAGACGUGUAUUAUACUUUCAUGUUCCAUCUAGUGCUGGAGUGUCCGCUGAUGCUAUUGUUGAUGCUCUUAAUACAAAUAUGAGUUUAAUAGAUGGUUAUCCAAUUGAAGAUGUUGGGUUUGGCCGUGGAGCUGUGAAUACAGUAACUACAUAUUCCAGUACAAAUGCUCCUACUGAAUCCCCCCAACCAUCGCCUCUGCACCGUUCUGUCGACGAUAAAAGUUUAAAAAAAUUUGGUCAUGUAAAAUGGGAAAAAUAUACAAUGACAAUAAUUCUAUGUUCAAGCAUACUUACUGCAGUUGUUAUACUCACGGCAAUUUAUAUAGUUCAAAUAUGUCGAAAAAAGCGUAAAUCUAAAAGUGAAUCAAAUGAAAAAUUAUCAUGUCAAUUAGAUGAUUCACCUCAUUUACAAUGUAAAAAGCUUGCACACAAUAAUAAUCUUUCUGGAUCUCAACAAAGUAGUGUUACAUCAUGGUCAAGUGAACCAAUCCCAUGCAGUAUUGAUGUUCCAACUGGACAUAUAAUUUUAUCAUAUAUGGAAAAACAUUUACAAGAUAGAAAUCAACUAACAGAUGAUUGGAAUUCAAUCGAUAAGUAUGUGUCUGAAGAAAAUAUUUUGUAUGAAGAAGGUAAAAAUCCUAUAAAUCAGUUUAGGAAUCGAGAAUGUGCACCAAUUCCAUAUGAACAAUCUCGAGUUAAACUUCGAUCUGGUGAUAACGAUUACAUUAAUGGAAGUUUAAUGUAUGAUACUAAUCCAAGAAAUCCUGUUUACAUUGCUACAAUAACGCCAACAGUUAAGUCAGUUCCAGAAUUUUGGUUAAUGGUUUGGGAACAAGGAUGUGUCGUAAUCGUUUGCUUGGAACGUAUUGAUGAACUAAAAAAAAUGGAUGAAAUUGACCAGUUUGAAUUGAACGAUGCUUCAGUGAAAUAUUGGCCUAAUGAAGGUAGUCAAGUUUAUGGUUCUUUUGAAGUACACCUGGUUUCGGAACACAGUUGGAGCGAUAAUUACAUUAUUCGUUCAUUUUACCUUAAAAGCAUUGUAACAAAUGAAACACGUACUGUUACACAAUUCCAUUAUCUUACAUGGAAAGAUGAGAAUUUAAAAGAAAAUAGUAAGCCUAUGUUGGAAUUCAGACGGAAGGUCAAUCGUUCAUUUCGUGGAAUGAUGAGCCCUAUUGUGGUUCACUGCCGUGAUGGAUGCGGACGAACAGGUGCAUAUAUUUUAUUAGAUUUGGUCCUAAAUCGUAUCACUAAAGGUGUAAAAGAAAUUGACAUAGCUGCUUCACUGGAACAUCUAAGAGAUCAAAGGCCAAAUAUGAUUAAAACAUUGGAGCAGUAUGAGUUUGUUCUCUCAUCAACUGCUGAAGAAGUAGAUGCAAUGCUCCAACCAAGUACAUGAAAAAAUGACAAAGAACAUCUUUAAAAAAGUCAGGACAAAAAUUUACAGUUUCAUUUGAUGUUACAUUCAAAUUCAAUGAGAUACAUGUGAAAUUUGAGAAUAAACUGAAAUAUCGAAUCAUGCACAUAAAA